CGACUGCCUAGCAUUUUUCCACGGUGAACGAAGUACAGAGUGAAUGCGCAGACGUCAAAAGUUUUUUAAACUGAACAUGAACAACUGCGGUCAAAUUCUUUACAACAAGGUUCGAAACUUGCAUUCGGACCUUUCUAGCAUUGUAACACCAGAAAUAUUAGAACAAGUAUACAAUGAAAAUUUAGUACAUCCGUUUCUGAAAUGGUUUUGUGAUAAUGUGUAUCACUUCAAUAUUGUUUCAAACGAAAAUAUUCAACUAAAAAGUAGACUACAAGAAACAAACGAAUGGUUAGAAAGUACUGAGUUAGAUAAUGCAUUAAAGGAACUUACUACAAGCUGUCCUGAUUUAUUAAAAACUACUUCUUUCGAUACUGUAGAUAUAGACGGAUUGUUUACAGAACUUGAAAUAGUUAAUAAUUUGUAUAAAGAAGAUGAAACUUAUAUUUAUACCUUGCAAAAUGGAAUUGAGAAUUUAAAAAAUUUAGAUUUGAGAUUAGAUGAGGAUCUGGAAAAUGAAGAAUCUCUUUUAGAUAAAGAAUGUAUUGAACUACACAAGGCAUAUAAAGAAUGUUCUGCAAUUGUGCAAAAAUUUGAUGAAAAUAAUCACAAAUUCUUUAAAGAAGUUGAAUGUCUAUUAAAUGUAUAUACAGAUGCUUCUGAAAAUAAAGGUGCAUUGCUGUUAUGGACUCAGAUGCCAUUAAAGCUUUUUAUUAAGAAAAUAGAAUUAUAUAAUCAUUAUUUAAAUGUUUACAUAGAACAGCAAUUUAAAGAUGUACACGAAGAAAAAGAAACAACUGAUUCCAAUUAUGUUUCCUUAAUUAAUAAUAGCAAAGAAAAAUGCAUAGAUAAUGAAAGAUUGCUUGAACUGUUAGUUUGUAAAAAAAGCUUAACUAAAGCAAAAGUAAAAGAAAUUUUAGCUAAAGUACAGAAAGAUUCAUAUAUAGCAAUGUUAAAUCACGUACAAAAUAUAUAUAAUUUGGGAAAUUUAAAAGCACCAAGUCAUUAUGAAUUGAGAACAGAAAUUUCAAAAUUAAUUAAAAAGAGAGAUUUCUUAGAAGAAAAUGUUUCUGUGUUACAAGAGCAUCAAUUGACAGAAAUAGUACAACAGUUUACAGAGCAAGAAAUAACUAAACUAUUAAAACAAAAUGCUGAUACGAGGCUUGAAAAAACAAAACUACAAUUAGAAAAGCAUAAAAAUUUAUUAUGUGUUGCACGAGAACAUGGUCAUGUUUACACAGAUUUAUUAUGCAUGUUAAUGCAAAUGCAAUUUCACCGUUUGAAAAAUGUCUCAGAAUUUAUAAUUGAUGCUUACCAUUAUCUAAAAACCGAAUAUAAAUUGUCAUCUACAAGAAUUGAAAGUAUGCAACAACAACAAAGUGACUAUUCUAAAACUAUGACAUCAUCUCCAGAGGAACAUAAUUCAUUUAAUCAAUUUUUUGUUUCGAUGAUAUGUAAUGGUGAUAUCACAUGUCCACUAAAUUUUGCAUUACAUAGAUAUAACAAAGUCAUAGAUAAAAAUAAAGAAAAAAAGCAAUUAAUUCUAAAACAUUAUUUAAAUUCUAAGAUUUACAAAUUGGAAGCAUUGGAAAAUGAAGCAAUUCUACAGUACAUACAUGAAGUUCAGAAGGGAUGUACAUAUACGUUUAAACCAAUUUCUUAUGAAAUUGAAUCUUGUUACAGUGAAGCAUCUGACAAUUUAGAAAAGAUACAAGCCGAUGUAAUAAAAAUAAGAAAUCAAAUGAAAGAACGAUUGAAAGCAGAUGUAAGUUUUGUACGAGAAAGAAGUAUUCUGUGGCAACGAUUUUUAAUUGAUCCAGAUACAUUAAAGAAAAUAUAUAAAGAGACAGAAGUAACUGCUAAUAAAUCAUGUUUUGCAAAGAUUUAAAAAUAAAUGAGUAUGGAUAUAAUUUAAAAAUAAUUAAGAAUAAAAUAUUACACUAUUAUUUAAUAGAAUAGUUAUAUAAAUAUUGAUACAAAAG